AUGCUGUCCCAUCAAUUUGUGCUCAUUGGAUUUGCUAUUGCUGCCGUGGCCGCAGCGUCUCCUUCUAAAUGCCCUCCCUUUCCAUCCUCAAUGGUUGAGUUCUCUUCUGGUUUCAAGCAACCAAAACCACCAGUCGUCAAGCCAGAAUACACGGCUCAUUUUGUGCAGCACAAAUGGAAUGCCGAACUGUCGCAUAUCACAGUUGGCUACAUCGAAAAUUCUCCAUCAAAGAAAUUUGUUCGCGCAGAUGAAGCUUUCGACAGUCAGCUCGCUUCAUCGUAUUUCGACUACUCCAACGUUACCAAAUCGGGCUUGGUAGACAAUACGCUUACGACUUAUAACCACCAAAACACGACCCCUAGUGUUUGGAGAGGCUACGUCAACUCGAACUUUCCAAUCUUCAGUAAAAGCAUCUUGGUCGACUCUGGCGCUGUAUUUGAAGGACUGGUUAAACGCGACUUCAAUCCUUCUUCUGUCGCCGCGUGGAGCAUCAUGUAUCAGGGCGCAAUCCCAGUUACGGUAUACGUUAAUGAAUGUGCCAUCAUUGUCGGAUACGACUACUUCGCCCCAGAACUACGAACUCGGGUCAUAAUGGAAUUUUUCAAUAUUCAGGCAAAGUAG